AAAGUCAUGUCUAACCUCAUAUAAAAUUGAUGCUUUCUUCUCGUUGUGUUUUGAUAAUUAUUUAAAGUUUCUUUAUUGUGUUAUGACAAUUGAUUAAUUCAAUUUCAUUUUUUCAUCCUAACAAUUAUGGGUCGUAAAGCAGGGUUCAACGAAGGAGAGAAAUCUAAAAAAGGACCUGGAAUAGCGAAAAAACAUAAAGAAUCAUUGCGCCCCAAUGGUUUGAAAGGAAAAAAAAACCUGCCCAUAGUGACACCAAUAAAAAAAGGAGAAACUCUACUUUUCCAAGGUUCUACUUUAUUCCGACAACGUUUGGUACUUUCUGUUCUAAGUGGUAAACCAGUGAAAAUAAUAAAUAUUAGAAAAUCACAUGAUAAACCUGGUUUGCAUGAGUAUGAAGUAAGUUUAGUGAGAUUACUAGAUAAGAUCACAAAUGGAACUGUUGUCGAAAUAUACGAGGAUGGAACGUCGAUAUUUUUCCAACCUGGACUUUUAUUUGGAGGAACGAUUGAACAUGACUGUUCGUUAGAGAGAGGAAUAGGUUAUUAUCUAGAAGCACUCAUUAUGCUUUCUCUUUUCUGUAAGAAGCCAUUACAUGCAACAUUACGUGGAGUAACCAGUAACAAUAUAGAUCCAUCAGUCGAUACAUGUAAAACAUCAAUGAUUGGAGCAAUGAAAAAUUUCAUAUAUAACGAUGAAAAUCUAGAAAUAACUAUCAAAAAGAGAGGACUUUUACCAAAUGGAGGAGGAGAAAUCUUUUUCAAAUGCCCUAGUGUAUAUCAUUUGAAGCCUGUUCAACUGGAAGAUUUUGGAUUAGUUAAGAAAGUCAGAGGUACAGCUUAUGCUCUUCGAGUUGCUCCAUAUAGGGCAAACAAAGUUGUUGAAAAAGCCAAAGGAGUUAUGUUGAAAUAUAUACCUGAUGUUUUCAUUACUAUUGAUCAGCGAAAAGGAAUACAGUCUGGAAAUAGUCCAGGUUUUGGAGUACACCUAACGGCUGAGACAACUAAAGGAGUUAUUUACUCUGCAGAAAAGGUGUCGAAUCCAGACGAACCUACAACAGAAGAUAUAGGACUAGAAGUAGCACAAUGGCUGUGUUAUAAAAUAGGGCAAGGUGGUAUGGUAGAUCCCUCGUCCCAGGCUAUAGCUCUUCUUUUCAUGGCUCUUGGGCCACGUGAUGUAUCUAAAAUUGUACUUGGAGAACUUACAGAAUAUGCAAUAGAAUUUUUGAGAAACCUGAAAACAUUUUUUAAAGUGGAAUUCAUGUUGGAUUACUAUAAACCAGAGAAUUCUGAAGAAGAGUCAGAAACACAAAGGAAGGUUCUUGCCAGUUGCAUGGGAAUUGGUUAUACAAAUUUCAAUAAGAGGCCUGUUUAAACACAACAUAUCAAGUCUGAUUGAAUAAGCUUUGAAGUUGGUUUACUUUUACUCCACUUUCAUGUUCUAUAAGUAAAAAAGAUUGUUAGUGAAAGAGACUAAUUGUCGAUAAUAUUUAUUGUAUAAUCAUUUGUUUUUAUGAAGAUGAAGAUAAAAAACAUUUAAUUUUGAAAUUUCAUUCAAGAUCAAUGUAUAUAUGUUUAAAAUGAAUUUGUAAAUGAAAAUGAGUUGUAUAAAGAACACAAUAAAGAAUUUGUUAAGAAGUA